CAUCGUUGCUGUUGUGUUGUGGAAGUUAUUCAGCGGCUUAUUUUGACGGCAGGGCUGGUGGCGAUCGCAUCCAAGGUCCCUGGUGGCCAUGGGCGAUCAAGAGUCAACUGCUGCCCCCAGCCUUGCAUACAUCUAUGUUCUGGACAAGAAAGCUGAGUUGAAUACUCAGUCGACAGAUAUUGCGACUAAGGGCUUCACAAGGGUGGAGAGCAACCAGCAUGCAAGCUGUCCUGGGCGAGAAACGAACGGUAACGGACUCAGGAGAGAAGAAGAGGUUCAGCAGCAACCUGCUGCCCGUUACACUGCCGCUCUGCUCAAAAGCACUCUUCUAUUGAUGGGGUGCAAACCCAGGGUUGCUCACAAGGCAAGCAAAAGUCUCUUCGAGAGUAUGGCCAAGAAGCUGAGAGGAGCUGCAGCAGACGAUGGAUAUGACACAACAAAAUUAACAAUAGAUGCCACUGCUGGAUCAAACGGGACCAACGACAUGCUACAUAGCAAGGAUGGCCUGAUCUGGACCCAUGCCCUUCAAAUACUCAACCUGGACGGCCGAGUCGGGGUUCUCCCUGGCAGGAAAGCCACGGUGAGCUUGUACAGGGAGGAGUGGGAGCGGCUGGUUAUGGAGCAGAUCAGGGAGUACACCGACAAGCUGCUCGCCAGCGAAGAUUUCAGCCUGGCAUGCAGUAUCCGGGAGCAGAGGCGGAGUGUGACUGUGCUGCUGGCGGGAACGAGCGGGACAGGGAAGAGCACGCUGGCAGGGCUGCUGGCAGCCAGGCUGGGCAUCAGCACCAUCGUGUCCACCGACUCGGUGCGCAACAUGAUGCGCAGCUUCACGCCGCAGGAGGCCAACCCUCUGCUCUGGGCCUCCACCUACGAGGCACGCCCCACCCAACAUGGCUCCGCGGGCCAGCAUGUGGGGGAGUUGGAGGAGGUGCGGCCGGCGGCGGCCGCCCCGGUGGACCUGCCCGGCAAGGCAUCCACCCCACCCCCGCGCAGCAGCAGCCUCAACCAGGCCGUGAAGCAGCGCACCAUCAAGGGGUACAAGGCGCAGAGCGAGAUGGUGCUGGAGAGCUUGGAUCGGCUGAUCGGCGCGUACGAGGGGAGGAAGGAGAGCCUGGUGGUGGAGGGCGUGCACCUGUCGCUGAACAGCGUGGUGCGCCUGAUGCAGCGCCACCCCUCCAUCCUCCCCUUCCUCAUCCACAUCUCCAACGAGGCCAAGCACCGCGAGCGCUUCGCGGUGCGCGCCAAGUACAUGGCGCUGGAGCCGAGCAAGAACCGGUACGUAAAGUACAUGCGCGCGAUCCGUGCGAUCCAGGAGUACCUGGUGGCGCGCGCGCAGCGACACGCCGUUCCCUCCGUCAACAACACCAACGUCGACCGCUCCGUCGCCACCAUCCACGCCACCGUCAUCGGCUGCCUCCGCCGCCAGGCCCGGGGGGAAAGUCUGCUGGACGUGGCGAGCAAGACGACGCGGGCGGUUGCCGCGGAGUACGCGCAGUACACCGAGGCCACAUGGAGCAGCAAGGGGAUGCUGGAGGUCAUCCGCCGCAAAAUGUCCGCCGCCGCGCUCGACUCCCCCGACCGACCCUCCACAUCCACCUCAUCUCCCCUCGGGCCGCUGUCGGAGGUGGAGGAGUUCAGGGAGGCUGAUGCAGACAUCCACAGCGUCUACGAUGUGGCUGACAGUGACCUCAUGUCUUCAGACGGCGCCGAGCAGGUGGGCGGUAGCAGCGAUGAUGGUGAUGACAGCGAUGUGGGCGGGCUGCAAAUGGAGGAAGGCUCUGUGGCAGACUCUGAUGCUGAAGAGCACGAAUUUGAGGAGACGCCCUGCCAUGCAGAUGAAUAA